AUGGAAGGUCUUACUAGGCUUAUUAAGAAGGCAAUGGAGAAGAAUUUGUUCAAAGGGUCUUCGGUGAAUGGAACUGUUUCUUAUGAUGUUGUGCAGUUUGCAAAUGAUACUUUCAUUGUUGGAGAGGGUAAUUGGGGUAAUCUUUGGUGCAUUAAGGCUCUUAUCAUAGGGUUUGAAUUGGUGUCGGGGUUGAGCAUUAACUUCUUCAAAAGUAGCAUUUGUGGGGUAAAUCUGAAACCUGAGUUCUUGGAAGCGGCUUCUGCUCUUCGGCAUUGCAGAAUUCACUCUCUUCCAUUUAAGUUUCUGGGAAUUAUGGUGGGUGAUAGUCUGAGGAAAAGUAAGUCUUGGAAAUUUGUUUUUGAUCACUUGAGCAAUAGAUCAUAUGUGUGGAAAGGUAGAAAUUUGUCGGUAGGAGGUAGAGCGGUUUUGAUUAAUUCAGUGCUCAACACAUUAUCGGUUUUCUCAUUGUCUUUCUAUAAGGCUCAUGCGGUGGUCAUUAAGGAAAUUGUCAAAAUCUAA